AUUUUAAGUUGUGAACAUGAAACUGCGAAAAUAUCAGUGUGUCUGCCUAGUUCUGUUUAUUUGUGCCGAAAACGCCUGGACAAGUUGUCUUAUUGACCAGGCGCACUUGUUGGAGAACUUUAUCUACUUGAAUUCCAACAACGGGGUCUUCGAUAUCCAGCGCAGCGAUAUUGUGGCCAAUGACAAAACGGUGUACCUCCUGUGCAGGUCGGGACUUCACCCGACCAGCUUCCAUUGCGGGAGGGACAACGACUUCCAUCCUCCGUUGAGCACGGCAAGGUGUUCGUCGCCCAGAGCUUCGGUUGUUCCAAUGCCAGAUACCUCUUGCCUGAGGCUCUACUCCUCGUAUGCCGUGGGAUUCUACUACAAUGGGCACUUUAUGGAGCUGUUCAGGGACUGCAUCGAUAGAGACAGAAUGUCGGUGCAGCACUCCAUCUACAAGGUUCACCGCUAUAUUAAUUCCGCCCCUCGUCCCAGCAGCACCUACUUUAACAGGGACGGCUUUAUGUCCCCGCAAUUGGCGGCGGCUUACAAGAGGAAGGUGUCCGAGGACUGUCUGACCAACAUCCUAGGCGGACCGCAACAGAACUGCGUGUUUGAUCGCGGACACGUGACACCGAAUGCGGGCUUCAUCUUUUCCGAGCUCAGGAGAUCGACGGAUCGGUACAUAAACGUCUUUCCCCAAAACAGUGCAGUGAACAUUGGCAACUGGAAGAACGUCGAGGCGUGGGUAGGAAAACUAGUCACGGGACAUUACGAUUCGCCCCAUCGCACCUACGAUCUCCUGAAGGUUUGCACAGGGGUCCUGGGACAGCAACAAUUAGAGCACACCACAAGCAAUAGCUUGGUGGAUAUCUACCUGGCGGGCAACCAAAUUCCCGUCGCCAAGUGGUCUUACAAGAUAGUUGGUCACCUCUCUGGAGACAAGUGGGUUAUGUUAACCCACAAUCAAGUAGCGCGGCCUACUUUGCCGGAAAUAAAUCAGGUCUGCAUCAAUGUUAAAUGCCCUGAUGGUCUCAAAGAGGAUGGCGUGGGCCACACCGUCUGCUGCGAACCAUACGACUUCAUUCAACGGAACGUGGCCCAUUUGACCGGCGUUUGCUGAGUUGCGAAACAUCAUUCCCAGCGACCCAGAGUUAUUCAGAUUAUAUUCCCACGUCUAUGAAUAAAGCUUAUCAGCUGUGACGCUUGAUUUAUUACUGU